AUGAAUUACGGCCCGCUAAUUUCGAAAAUUUUGCUUUCUUUUAUUCUUGCCUCGACAGUUUUGUACCGAUAUGGAAAUUGGUUCAGACAUCACAUUGUCGUGACUUUAAUCGUGCUUCUUGCUUGGUAUUUCAGUUUCUUGAUUAUUUUUGCCCUUCCUUUAGACGUAAUUUCGACGGUUUACCGCCAGUGUAAAGAAGAACAUGACACUUUUGAUAACGUAACUUCUUCAUUAGUGUUAAUUGUCACAAAUAAGAGUAUUGAAAAAUGUGAAGAACCUUGGAGUCGAGUCCCUGAUGAGGUUUUUCCUAAUUUAUGGCGUACGGUGUAUUGGAGCACUCAGUGCUUAACUUGGUUGGUCAUGCCAAUGAUGCAGUCUUACAUCAAAGCAGGCGAUUUUACAAUUAAAGGAAAAUUAAAAUCGGCUGUAAUCGAUAACGCAAUAUAUUACGGCUCUUAUUUAUUAAUUUGUGGAGUAUUACUAAUUUAUUUAGCCCUCCAGCCAGGCAUUCACCUUGACUGGUCAAAACUAAAAGCAAUUGCUUCAUCAGCUAGCAAUACCUGGGGUUUGUUUCUCCUAGUUCUACUAUUUGGAUACGCUUUAGUUGAAGUACCUCGAACUCUCUGGAAUAACUCCAACCACAGUUUUGUACUAACCCAUUCGUAUUUCAAAGCAGCCAAGCUGAGUUCCGACAAAUGCGAGGCUGAGGAAACUGUGGAUGAUGUCCUCGAGUCGCUACAAGCUGUCUCCUUGGCUAUUAAUUCGCGACAUCCAUUGCAUGCCAACUUGGAGACUAUUUUACAAAAAGUACCUACGGAAUUAAGGGACAGGAUGAACCGGAGGCAGUUACCCGAAGACACCCCCACAGAUUUGCCAAGCGAAAAGGCACUAAUUAGGCUCCACAAGCAAACGAUAAAAUCCCUUCAAGUACUUCAAAGAACCGAAACUCAAUGGAACCUUCUCGUCGAAAAAAUUUUCGACCUUGAGGAUACUCUCAAAAAUCAAAUUUCGCGAGAUAAACGAUUUAAACGCACAUUCCAAAAACCUCGAUCUCUGUUCAGGAGGUUUUUGUACGUUUCGACAGUUGAGUGGUACUGGAAAUGCCUUUUUUACGGUUACACACAAAAAUUGUUGGCUGUUAUGGCUGGGCUUUUUUCCGUGGCUGUGGUUUGGUCAGAAGUGACUUUCUUCAACAAACAACCUGUUCUCUCGAUUUUCGCCGCCAUUGUUAACAGUGCUAAAGUCAAGUAUGACUAUUUUACGAUAGAAUUGUUGUCGACUAUAAUAAUCUUGUACUUAUGCUACUGUGCUUACUCAACAGUCCUCAAGAUAAAACUCCUCAACUUGUAUUAUUUAGCACCUCACCACCAAACAAACGAAUAUAGUUUAAUCUUCUCAGGGAUGAUGUUAAGCCGACUUACUCCUCCUCUAUGUUUAAAUUUUCUCGGCUUAAUUCACAUGGAUAGUCACAUAAUAAAAAAGCAAGUUAUGGAGACUCACUACACACAAAUCAUGGGUCACAUGGAUGUCAUUUCCAUAAUCUCCGACGGUUUCAAUGUUUACUUCCCAAUGGCCAUUCUAGUAUUUUGUUUAGCAACAUAUUUCAGCGUCGGUUCACGCCUUUUAACAAUGCUGGGUUUCCACCAAUUCGUCGGCGACGACGAAAUGACCACCGACUUGAUCGAAGAAGGCCGCGAAUUAAUCAAACGCGAAAAACGCAAACGCCAGCGAUCAGAGGAGGCGAGUACGAGACGAACCGAAUUCAAUGAACGAUUCCCGACGACGGGGAGGUACCGACCUCGGGGAAGCACCGAUACGAUUCGGCCAAUGACCCAACUGGAAAAUUUGGAUAACACACGCUCAAAUUUGCUGCAAGAGUCGCACCCAUUGGAUUCGUACGAGAGUCGGAGGUAUACGAGUGAAGUUGAUACGCGGUUUCCCCCCGAUCAAGACGAUAUCGAUGCUCGGUUCGGCGCCAGCACGAGGAUUAACGAAAGGUAUAACAGUUCGCAAGAACUCGAGCCGAGGUUUUCCGAUUCGUAUCAGUCGGAUGGUAGCUAUAGGACUCGCGUGGGGGCGCCACCGAGGGGUAUUUUCGACGAUGUAUAAGUUGAUCUAAGUCAUUGAUGUUUAUUAAAUUGUUAUUUUUUUAUUGCGUUGAGAAAUUAUAUUUUUAUAUUGUUUGUAAGGCAAUUUUUGUUUUCACUAUUUAGAGAUUUCAAAUUUCAAAUGUGUUGGCCUGAAAACCACCGUAGUUCCAAAUGUUAUAAUCGUAGUUUCUUUAAUCCAACAUUCCACGAUAGCAAUUUAUUUCAAUGUAACCACGAAGAAACUGUUAUGUAAUGUCCUGAUUACAAGUGUAAUAAAACAACCAUAAUCAGAA